AUGGAUUUCAGGACUGCCUGUGAAGAGACAAAGACAGGGAUUUGUUUGCUGCAGGAUGGUAAUCAGGAGCCUUUCAAAGUCCGGCUGCACCUAGCCAAAGAUAUUUUGAUGAUCCAGGAACAGGAUGUGAUAUGUGUGUCUGGUGAGCCUUUCUAUUCUGGUGAAAGAACGGUGACCAUUAGAAGACAAACUGUAGGAGGAUUUGGAUUAAGCAUAAAGGGGGGAGCAGAACAUAAUAUUCCAGUUGUCAUUUCAAAAAUCUCCAAGGAGCAAAGAGCGGAACUUUCAGGACUGCUUUUUAUCGGAGAUGCUAUUCUACAGAUAAAUGGAAUUAAUGUGAGAAAAUGCAGACAUGAAGAAGUGGUUCAGGUGCUUCGGAACGCUGGAGAAGAAGUGACCCUAACAGUGUCAUUUUUAAAAAGAGCACCUGCUUUCCUCAAACUCCCACUGAAUGAAGAUUGUGCAUGUGCUCCAAGUGACCAGAGCAGUGGCACCUCCUCUCCACUUUGUGACAGUGGCUUGCAUCUCAACUAUCAUCCCAACAAUACAGACACACUGUCAUGUUCUUCUUGGCCAACAUCUCCAGGCUUGAGAUGGGAAAAGCGAUGGUGUGACCUUAGGCUGAUCCCGCUGCUUCAUUCACGUUUCUCUCAGUAUGUGCCUGGGACAGAUUUGAGUCGGCAAAAUGCUUUUCAAGUCAUUGCUGUGGAUGGGGUCUGCAGUGGGAUUAUUCAGUGCCUCUCUGCUGAAGACUGUAUUGACUGGCUACAAGCAAUAGCAACUAACAUUUCAAACCUCACAAAGCACAAUAUUAAAAAAAUCAACAGAAACUUUCCUGUAAACCAGCAGAUAGUCUACAUGGGCUGGUGUGAAGCACGGGAGCAAGACCCUCUACAAGAUCGUGUGUACUCACCAACAUUUCUAGCCCUGAGGGGAUCAUGUCUUUACAAAUUUCUGGCACCUCCAGUGACAACGUGGGACUGGACCCGAGCAGAGAAAACAUUUUCAGUUUAUGAGAUUAUGUGCAAGAUUCUCAAGGACAGUGACCUGCUGGACCGGCGGAAACACUGCUUCACGGUGCAGUCUGAGUCUGGGGAGGAUCUCUACUUCUCCGUGGAGUUAGAGUCUGACCUCGCCCAGUGGGAAAGAGCCUUCCAAACAGCAACCUUUCUGGAGGUGGAACGGAUACAGUGCAAGACAUAUGCAUGUGUGCUAGAAAGUCAUCUAAUGGGACUCACGAUUGACUUUAGCACAGGAUUUAUCUGCUUUGAUGCUGCAACAAAGGCUAUACUUUGGAGGUAUAAGUUUUCUCAGCUUAAGGGUUCUUCAGAUGAUGGCAAGAGCAAAAUCAAAUUUUUGUUUCAGAAUCCAGAUACUAAGCAGAUUGAAGCUAAGGAGCUGGAGUUUUCAAAUCUUUUUGCUGUUCUUCACUGCAUUCAUUCAUUCUUCGCUGCCAAAGUAGCUUGUUUGGACCCUCUCUUCUUAGGCCACCAGACUACUGCUUCUGCUGCUGCGAGCUCUGCUACUACAAGCAAAGCAAAGUACACAACUUGA